AUGGCGACAAACACAGCUGGUCCCUCUCGUCCCUUCAGAACCCCCGCUUCUCUACUCAACACCCCUCCACCACCCUCCACGUCUGGAGAUUCAGAGAGCACCAACCAACUUCCCACCGAGAAACCCCUCAACCUGCAGAUCCUUUCCGACUUGGCCAAAAGCGCUCUGGUUGAGUCUCUCAAUGAGAUACAAGGUGCCAAGACCCUUAUCCUAGACCCUGGUCUCGCCGGACCUCUAGGACUGGUCACUGAUGUCGCCCUUUUGAAGCAUCAAGCGGUGGACAAGAUCUUUUGGCUAGAACCAGGACCUCUGAAUGUGUCUACGAGGAAUGUCGUUUGGCUCUGUCGACCGAAGAUGAGUCACAUGAAGACCAUAGCCGAACAGAUCAAAGCGCAACAGAGUACUGUCUCUUCGAAUGGACCUCUGGUUUAUACACUGUUACUGGUACCCCGAGCCACUGAGCUGUGUAAAAAGGUGUUAGAGGAUGAAGGAGUAGCUGGAGAUCUCACCAUCGGAGAGUAUAAAUUGGAAUUUAUACCAGUCGAAGAAGACCUCAUAUCUUUGGAGCUGGAUAACGUCGCAAAGGACAUCUUUAUGAACGGAGAUGAUACACCGUUAUAUUAUUCUUCAUCAGCUCUCAUGAAUUUUCAAAGAGCGUUCGGAAUGUUUCCUCGUAUAAUGGGCAAAGGAGAUGCAGCGAAAAGAUUGACAAACCUCCUUCAGCGUCAUUGUCAAUCGGGAGAAGAACAUUAUAGUGAUUUGGAAUUAUCCACCGAAGUCGAUGGAUUGAUCAUCAUUGAUCGAUCUGUGGACUGGGUCACGCCUAUGUGUACUCAACUCACUUACGAGGGUAUGCUCGAUGAGUUUAUAGGGAUACGAAAUGCUCAUAUAGAAGUCGAUCCAGUUUUGAUAGACCCUCAAAACACAUCCAAUACCACGACCGGUCAACCUCCGCAGAAGAAACGCAAGCAUCACCUGAAUGGACAGAAAGACAAGCUGUUGGGGGAAAUACGAGAUCUAAACUUUGCCGUCGUGGGUACCCGUUUGAGCAAAGUAGCACGUCGAUUAGAAGGUGAUUAUGGUGGUGCGAAGAAUCUCAAGAGUGUAUCUCAGAUGAAAGCGUUUGUGGGGAAAUUGGGAGGGUUACAAGGAGAACAACAAAGUUUGAAAUUACAUACCGGUCUCACCGAAAUACUCAUGCCUAUCACUCGGACGGAAGAGUUUAACAAAUCACUCGAAGCUCAACAAAAUCUCGUGGCGGGAUACGACCUCCCUUCUCAACUCAACACGAUUGACGAUUUGAUGGCUCAACAAGCUCCUUGGGCUACAGUCUUACGUUCUCUGGUGCUCAUGUCCAUAGUUUCAGGUGGGAUCAAGCCGAAAAUACUCGAAAGUGUCAAAAAGGAUUUCCUUCAGGUUCAUGGAUAUCAUCAUCUCCCUUUAUUGAUCUCCCUCGAGAAGCUAGGCUUACUGGUUAAAUCACCGUCAUUAUCCUCCCAACCGUUCCCGACACUGAGGAAGAGUCUCCGACUGGUGGUCGAUGAUGUGGACGAUACGAAACCGAAUGACAUCAGUUAUGUCUAUAGCGGAUAUGCCCCCAUCAGCGUGAGGUUGGUACAAUGUGCUGUUCAAAAGAAUGCAGUACUCAGUACGGGUAUGGGUGUAGAUGGCGACGAGGGGAAGAGGGAAAUACAAAAAGCUCAUCCGUUGGUAGGUUGGAGAGGGUUCGAAGAUGUUUUAGGGAGUAUACCAGGAGCGACUGUUGAUAUACGUCAAAGGUUGGAAGGAAGCAGACAUGAAAUAUCACGAGAAAAAGAAACGAUUACGACUGUUGUGUUCUUCCUUGGAGGAUGCACUUACACCGAGAUAUCCGCAUUGAGAUGGAUGGCGAAACAAGUCAAAGGGAGAAAGUUCGUCAUUGCCACUACUGGCAUGAUCAAUGGUACCACGUUAUUGGAAAGUUUUGGAGAUCCUGAACCUGUCCCAUUGAUAUCACAUCAAAGAUGA